AUGUCUGUUCCGUCUCAUUUUAAGCUCAACACCGGCGCCUCAAUUCCCGCCGUUGGACUGGGUACGUGGCAAGCAAAGCCAGGCGAAGUCGGCAACGCUGUCUGCCAUGCACUGAAAUCCGGAUAUCGACACCUGGACUGUGCCUUGAUCUAUCAGAAUGAGAAGGAAGUUGGCGACGCGAUUAAAGCGUCUGGUAUUCCGCGAAAGGAGAUUUUCAUCACCAGCAAAGUGUGGAAUACCCACCAAUCUAAUGUCGCCGAGGGCCUUGCGCAGACCUUGAAGGAUCUCCAAACGGACUAUUUGGACCUCUACCUAAUUCACUGGCCAGUUCGCCUCGUUGCCAAUGAGACCUCACAGUUGUUCCCUACCAACCCUGACGGCACUCGUUCUGUAGAUGCUUCUUGGGAUCAGCGGGAGACUUGGAAACAGAUGGAGCAGGUUUACCGAUCCGGUAAGGUCAAGUCAAUUGGGGUGUCUAACUUCAGUAUCCCCUACUUGGAGAAUCUGGAAAAGACGUGGGAAGUCGUUCCUGUCGUGAAUCAGGUUGAACUGCACCCGUACUGCCCGCAACAUGCGUUGAAGGAGUGGUGCGAAAAGAGAAACAUUCUCCUGGAAGCGUAUUGCCCCCUCGGAUCAACAAGCUCACCACUGCUGAGCGACACCGAGAUUGCCGGCAUUGCGAAGAAAUACAAUGUGACCCCGGCGACCAUCUUGAUCUCUUACCAGGUCAACCGAGGCUGCAUUGUGCUACCCAAGUCGGUGACUUUUAGCCGAAUUGAGGACAACCUUAAGGUUAUCUCCCUGUCCAAGGAAGAUAUGGACGUCUUGGAAGGAAUGGCAGCGGCUGGUAAACAGCAGCGAGUCAACACGCCGCUAUGGGGACAUGACCUGGGUUUUGAUGACUGGUAUGGCCCUGGUAAUGUCAACGCGCCAAAGAAGUAG